GCCGUCGCGUGCAGAUCGCAAAUCGCCAAGAAUCGGGAAAUACAAGAAAUAUUUCGUUGGUCUACCACAUCUCUGAGCUCAAAAACUGAAAAUCGAAUUCGCGGGAGCGUUAGACCGACAAAAGUGUGUGGGGAGUUAAAAGAAGUGAAGAUGUAAAGAGUUAUAGAUAUGUAUGUGAAUAUUGAAUUGACAUCGAAGCUCCGUUAAGGCAGAAAUAGCAGAAGCCGAAGAAGAAACACAUACAAUAGAUUGUUAUUGUGGCCGCUGAAAACGAGAAUGAAUCAAUAAAAACUUUGAAAACUAACAGUAAACUUGAAAAGUGGCACAGCAUCUGCCAAAAACACAAAAACAAAGUAAAGUACCAAAAUAGAAAGAGAUUUUUAGCAUAAUUUCAAAAUGGUUAGUCAUCGGAAAGGGUGUCUACUGUGGCUGCUGGUCGCCUUUAGUGGUUUGCAGCUAAUUGCCCCGCAGCAACUGCAGGGACCACCUCCUCGUCCCAGGGGGCGUAUACGCAUAGCGGAUAUGCAAAUCUCUGCCGGUGGACCGGGAGCUCCGUCCCUGGGAAACUUAGGAAACUGGCCAAGUUUGCCCGCUGCAGGUCCCAUCAGCUCCACCGUGCACACCCACAUUCCACUGUUGCGCGAGGAGAGCCCCCUUCCAGCAGCCACGCCCAGCCAGGAGGCGGUGGUGUACGGCAACUGGAAGCCAGAGCAUCCGGAGAAGCCCGAGGAGAUGGAGAAGGAAUUGGAGACCGAUCAGCAGCCCAAAGAGAGGGUAUACGGCCGACUGGAGGCCAUGCUCAUGGGAAUGCCAGCGGAUGCCAUUGAUGCCAAGCCAUCGAGUUCCAGUGAAGAGCAGAUCGCUCCAAUUGCCCCUGGUGGCUAUCAAAAUCCCUCCUUCUCUCGAUCAGCCAGCUUCGAGAGAUCGCCAGAGAAGCAUGGACGGCGGCGGAUUACCACAAAGCAGGAACCACAGCAAUUCGAGGUGGUCAGGGUGAACAGUACGGAUCCGAUACUGAAGCAGAUCAGUGAGUCCAUGGAGACGACGACGACGGACAUUCGGAGGAAUUCCCAGCAUUCCGGCGACGACAGCUGGAUGCCCCUGCCGUAUCCCUAUCCCUACGAUACCACAUCCCUGCCAGCGCCACCGGCAACGAGCUCCAUGAUUCCGGGAUUCAUGCAAUCCUCGGUGGUGCAUCCACCGGCACCCACGCAGGCCACUCGAUCCACCGAGGGACUGCUCAACUGGCCCACUGAUUUCAUCGACAGUUCCUCGAACAUGGCGAGCACUGAACGGAUUGACGGUAAUAUCCAGGGCAACAUCGAUCGACGCGAUGAGAGCGUUUCGGAUCCUGCGGAUGAGUACAAGUACUACGAGGACUCCCUGAACUCCGCCCAGAUGCACAGCGAGCUGAGUGUUCCCGAGACAAUGCCCCUGAAUAUUACUAGGGUGGGCAUUCCAUACGAGGAUCGCAAUGCUUCCGAGGAACCGACCAUUUGUGUGCCCCUGACCGUUUCGGAAACGUCGCUCUCCUCCGACAGCAUUGUGCCCCAGGUGGUGGAGGUGGAAAGGGUCUACUGUUUUCCCCUGCCCAAAGUGGAGAUUCGUCACCGUGGUCCUGUUCGUCCGCAGGUGGAACAGGUGACCAGGGAACAAGAGAUCUCCGAAACAGAUAUGGAUUACCAACCAACGGAUGCGCCAGUACCCAGUGAUUCCACUGCGGGCGCUUCUCGAAGAUCACAUGGCCACCUCACACUGCUCCUCUUUAUUGGUUGGAGCUUGAGGCCGUGGAUUCGAACUUAGAAUUAGGAUCGAUUGACCUAACACACAACUCAGGGGCUAUUCGCUAUCUACAUUUAUUUAAAUAUUAAAGCUAAGCAGACAUACCAAGUUUAAA